GCUACAGUGCUGCAAAACAUGUGAGUGAAUGCAGCUGAGCUGUUUUGUUUAUAUAUUAAACUUGAUGUCAUUUGUUUGGUUUAUAUUCUCAAUUUUUUAGCUAACAACGAAAAAGAUGGCUUCAAAUCAACUGGUCAAACAUUUGGGUGGUAAAGUCAAGCCGGUAUUAUCAUUGAAUCAAACGGAAGCUCGUCGUCGUGUUUUGAAUCUAUAUCGAGCUUGGUAUCGACAAAUACCAUAUAUUUGCUAUGAAAUGGAAUUACCAGUCAAUGAUAAACAGAUGCGCAAUAAAGUUCGUGAACUAUUCCUAGCAAAUCGACAUAUAACUGAUGUACGUGUGAUCGAUAUGUUGGUCAUUCGUGGUCAAAUGGAAUUGAAUGAUACAAUCAAUAAAUUUAAAUCUCAUAUGCAUGUGAUGGCCUAUUUCAAUGAACAUCAAAAUCCUAAAGAUUUCCUUUCGAAAUUUUUGUCCGGUCAUAGUAAUGAAUAGAUCAUAAUAUUGUAACUUAUUAUACAAUAAUAAAAAUAUUAGAUUAUCACAUGUAAAACAAGUUAAAAUAAAUUGGUUAGAUUUGA